AUGGUUGCAGAAACUCUUGAAGAGAUGACUCGUUAUGGCAAAACCGAAGAACUUCCUGAAAUUAAAGUCACAAAAAUUGCAGUCCAUCCAGAUGCUGUAUUUACAAGCCAGUCAUUAAGUUCCCUUAUAAAAACAGCAUUAACACUACAUUAUACUCAAUUAAAUUAUUACAUUACUAAAGAAAAUUUAUUUGAUAUAAUGAAUGAAAGUCAUAUGCCAGAUUUUGAAUCAUCUAAAAUUAGCCAACGUUUAAAAAAAGAUCAAGCUUUUUGUUCAUAUCAAUAUGAUAGUCUGAACUCUGAAAAACUUUUAAACAAUGAAAAAUAUAUCACUAAAGAAACAUCACUUGACAUUAUGAAUGAAAAGAGUAUAUUAAAUCAUAAAUCUGAAUUAUUUGAUAGCACAAAAAUGAAUUUAAUUUCUAUUUUGAAUGAUCAAGAUUCAAAUGAUCAAGACUUUUAUUAUUGUCAAUAUGACAAACUUAAUUUUGAAAAUAUUUAUUAUAAUGAUAAUAUUUCACUCACUAAAGAUGAUCAAUGUUCUGCAAUGGAAUUAGUGCCUUCUCAAUAUUCCACAAUGGAUUUAAUGCCUUUUCAGUACACCACAACAAAUUUAAUACCUUUUCAAUACUCUACAACAGAUUCGAUGCUUUUUCAAAAUAAUCAAAUAUUAUUACUUGAAUAA